UUAAGAGACACGCGGACGUAUGCACUUAUAUUUAAUAAAAGUAAAAAUAAUGUAAUCUACAAUUACUAAAGAAGCAUUAUGACGUUUGCAGAGAAUAUUUUUGAACGAGAAAUGAAUUUCACCAUUAGCCGCAAUGUGUCAUAGUGCGCCCGAAUGCGUCAUUCGGCGGUGGCGGCGCCCUUGCGCGUAGCAGACGACGCAUGUUUUCGCUAUGAAUUGGACUGGUGGCGCGAGGUCACGGGUACAAAGAAAACUAAAGCAGAUGGCACAGAAGGUCAGACCAUCGUUAACGUUCAAUCUAGACUCCUGGCUUUGCACGUUACAUGAACCGUAGCUUGUCAUGCAGGAGUUCUUCAAAAAGCAGCGAUUGCAGAGCACACUGGAGGCGCGCAACACACAGUGGCCCGAUGUUCAUGGAGGCAAAGACCUACAAAGAUUGGACAUGUUUUCCAGGCACAUCACACCCGCGUCGACUGCACUGGACAAGGAAGCUUCUACCUUGGCGUGCUCGGAGUAUUCGCAAAACGGGAACAAUGAGGACCCCUGCCCUACCAUGGAAGAGGUUAAUCAAGAACCCCGGAGCCAAGGCAGCUGCUACAAUCCAGAGUGGCUUCAAGUGAGCUGUGAAGAGAGUCAAGGCUCUGUCACCAUUCCACAUUAUGGCAACGAAGAUGAUGGACUAAUCGCUGGUGUCGACUUUCCCGAGGACAAUCCCCCAGCAACCCCUCUAACAUACCAGCUCAACUAUACAAAUGCUCUGUGUGAUGACCGGCCCAUUGCUAUGGAUCCCAUGUUCCCUUGGCCGGCAGAUGUUGAACCCAAUGAAGAACCAUUGCCAAACUCUCCAGUGGAUGAACCCAGGACACCAUCAGUGAGAUGGGCGAUGAAGCAACAGCCGCAAGCUGAGCGAUCCUGGAGCUUACGAAGCAGUGACAUCGCUUCCUGUUCGUCACUUACACCGGCCACUACAGUAUCGUACAGAGGUUCACCUAGCGACAGCAGUUUGUCGGCGAUGGUGCAAAACUACCUCCAAGACACGGCAGCCAACAAAAGAGACACACACGGCCUGCGUCAAACUGCCACGCAAGGCCACAGUGCAGUGCGGCUCGGCCAUCAGCCCAGGACAAGCGUUCAAGACACGCCGUUGAGCAACGCUCCACCACUUAGUGUUCAAAGAUUUCCCCCAGAAACCCCAGCAAACAGAAUGACUAGUAUCCAACACAGCAGAGUGCAGCACAACGCAAGAGCGUCCCAUCCAGCUGUCCAGCAAACGAGAAAGGUUCCAAGCACUCCAAGCAGUGCUUCAUCAUCUUUGGUGGACAAUGCCUGCCACCCUGGCACAACGGUCAAUAGGAGAGAACCGCCUAACCUCCAACAAUCCAAUGCACCAGACACCAUAACUUUGCAGUCCAGCCAUCCAAGAACUACGAACACUGCCAGCACACCUAACAGCAACUCGUCGCUGUUGGGCCGAAACUGCCACGAAGAUGUAGCAAAACGCGAGGGAGAGCAACCCGGGAUCCCACAAAAAAUUGCACGAGACUCAGGAGGUUCCCACCGUAGUCUUCAGCACCAAAGAGACAUUCAAGCAACCCCGAGUGCCCAGACUGCAUCAGUGGCAACUCGGGAUCGACUGGACUUUGUGAAAAACAGAGCGGAAUCCACUCACAUCCAGCGUCUUGCUGAGCAAGGUACCAGAACUCCAAUAUCCAGCCUUCAACAAAGAAAACCUGUCUCUGUCGUGCACACACCAGCCACCAACAUACAAAGGAAAGGCAUUCCCACCAUUCUCACAUCAACUCCACAGCCCAGUAUUCAAGAGGAAGGCCACACUCAAGCGGACUCUUGUGACAACAGCUUUGAUGCCAGCUAUUCAGAGGUGACUCGGAAGUCAACAGAGAUGACAGUAGAGCAUCCAAGUGUGACAGAAGUGCGUGACAUGGACAGCUUCUUCAAGAGUGCCUGGGUCCUCCAACUCCAGCAUGCUCAUCACCUGUGGCUGAUGGAGGAAAUCAAGGCACAGGUCAUGUACAAGCCCCCCGACCGCUUCUCAAUCAUGUCUGCGUUCGAAGACGUCGACGACCACUUCGCCGGACACAAGACCCGUGGCUCAUCGUUGCCAUAUAGGACUCUCGACGAGGAACUGCAAAUUUUCUUCUCGUCCGGCAACUCAACUGCAAGCCAGGAUGCGAGAAGGGACACCAGGGUGGUGUCAGGAGCAGAGGGACGAAGUCGCAAGCAAGACCGAGAGACUGCUUCUUUGGAAAACAGCGGCGCUAAGAAAAGACCUGCAGCAGAAAUGCAAGGACAUCUGCGCUUGGGGCCCAGCAUGCAUCAAUGUCGUGGUACAGCUGAACACUCUGGGCAUGCUGCACACAGAGGAAAACUUCUUGCUUCAGAGGCGGAGACGGUGCCCGAUUCCCGACCGUGUUCCCCUCGAGGAUCUGACAAGGCAACGCUCGGACGGCCAGCUUUCAGCCAAGAAUCGGACAAACAGAGGACCUCCGACUGCCCAGCCUCGGAAAGUGACAGUCAGAAACGGCUGGCAGUCAAAAAAGAGCAGGGUACCAUGACUAGCCCAAAGGCCAACCUCACAGUAGCUGAGAGUGGGGGCAUUCUUCAACAGACAUGUACAAUGGGCUUCCAGACAGAAGACACGCUGUGCACGGCACAUACAAGCUUCUGCAGCUGCAGCGUGCCCAAGGUUGACAAAGCUUGCCAGAUUCAACCACAGGUUGCCACAGUGGGUACAUGGUGUGAUGAAAAAAUCACGUCAGAUCAAUUGCAGGGCGGCGACCACAGAUCUAUACACCUAACGGCUGAUGACAAGAAAUUAUGAGGUAGCCCUGCGUGCAAAAUUGUUUAUCUGUACAGUCUAGCAGCUGUACAUAUUGUAUAUAUUGUACAGCUUCAUUCCAAUAAGUGCCUCAUGUCUACGUUAAUCUCCAGUGCCACGAACAAGUGUUAUCAGGUUUCCAAGCAGAGGCAAGCUGCGGAAAAAACUUAGGUGUGUUCGGAAAAUCUAGCUUGUAAACAUUAGUCUGCGCUGCGCAAACUUUCAAUUCCAUGACCUUGGCGUAUCGAGCUCCCAAACAACAAGCUGCUUGGAUCCAUGUUUGCGCAUGCAAAUGCAUCUUACAAGUUCAUUUCCAUCAGUAAAGUUUAAAAAUGAAUGACAUUUCUCUCACAGAAGCUGGUCAAGCCGUGUUGUGCUUCUGUGAAAACAUGACAACGAGGACAGAAACGCACAUUU